AUGGCGGGGGCGAAGGGAUAUAAAAGGCGGCGGGGCGGGCCCUGGGGCCCGGCAGAAUGGGGUGCGGCGGGGUUAGGGCUGGGCAAGGAAGCGGAACGGGACGUGGAACCCAGCCAGAUGCCCAGGAGGAAGGAGGUGCCGGCGCUGGGCAGCCUUUGCCUGCAGAGCCUGGUCCAGCACAUGCAGAGCGUCUGGGUGAAGGACUACAGCGAGAACUACCUGGAUGAGUACCAGUUCCGCUUCGUCAUGGGGCCCUUUAAUGACCUGGCUAGCAGUUUGGUGCAGGACCUGAUCCGGCUGCUGGGUGAGAGCCGGCGCCUGACACGGGCAGCACUCCACCUGCUCCUGCUGCCUCACCUGCGGGAGCUGAGCCUGCGCCCUUGCUCUGGCCUCGCCAGCAAUGCCAUCGGCCAGCUCGUCGCCCUGCGCUGCAAGAGCCUUAGCUCCCUGGACCUGCAUGGCUGCAGCCGACUAUCGGCGGACAUGCUGGUGGACCUGGUGGAGGGGCUGCCACAGCUGAACCGCCUGGGGCUGGCGGAGACGCAGGCCAAUGUCCAGGUGCUCUCAGCCGUUGGCUCCUGCUGCCGGUGCCUGCAGGAGCUGGACGUGUCCCACUGCAAGAAGGUGUCCCCGCGCGCCCUGCAGCACCUGGCCUAUGACCCGCUGGCACAGUCCCCCUGCUGCCCCGUGCUCCGCAUCCUGCUGGCCCGCGGCCUGGAGCCCAUGGAAGAUGGCGGCAUGGUUGCGGCACUGGCCUUCCUGCUGCUGGCCCUGCCGUGCCUGAAGUUCCUGGCCCACAGCGCUGUGCCGGAUGCCCUUCGCCUCCUCCACAGUUGGCAGCUGGACGGUAUGGGGGACACCAAGGGCUUCCCCUCACUGGAGGAGCUGGGGCGGCGGCGGGGGGCUGCCCCAGGGGGGCCCUGGCUCACCCUGCCCCUGCGGCAGGUGGAGGAGGUGGAGGAGCCCGCCCUGGCUGCCAUCCAUGCCAUCUGUCCCCAGGCCGAAGAGGUCAGCGUGUGGCUCGGGGACGGCCCAGCAGGCGGCUGGGAGCUGCUGGGCUGGGGCCGCCUAGCCCGGCUGACCCUGGGCUGUGCUGGGCGGCAGGGCCGGGUGCUGGCAGAGGUGCUGCCGCUGGUGCAGAGGCUGGGCCCCCGCCUGCAGACCCUGGCCCUGCACGGCUUCUGCUGCCAGGAUGAGCUCUCCUUGGCCACCCUCCUCGCCAGCUGCCCUGGCCUGCAGGCCUUCAGCGCUGAGCUGCAUGCCCCGCCAGACACCGACCCCAACAGGGAGACCCUGGCCGAGCCACCCCACUGGGACACUGACCUGCUGCCCCACCACCUCCCCCAGCUCCAGAGCUUCUCCCUGGCCCUGGCUGGCACCACUGGCAUCUUCUCGGCCCAGCAUGGGCUGGCACUGCGUGCCACGCUAGCCUCACUGCUGUGCCAUGCCCCGCACCUACAGACCCUCCGGCUGCUCGGCGUCCCCUUCCCACUGGACUCGGUGUUUGAGACGGUGCUGGCGGCACCAGGGCUGCCCCUGCUUGAGCUGCAGGAGCUCUCGCUGGCCAAGAGCCAGGUGUCCAGCCAGACUGUAUGGCUGCUGCUGGCCUCUGAGGGCCACCUGCGCCGCCUGGACCUGUCCCACUGCCAGGACAUCCACCGGCGGGACUACGACGGCUUCCUGCAGGCAGUGCGGAAACAGCGGCUGGAUCUGGACAUCGCCUGGGAGUAG